AUGACGGGCAAGGACGCUUUGGAACUCUUCGAAAAGGAACCAGAACUGUUUUCAGUUUACCACAAUGGAUUUGCUGAACAAACGAAGAAAUGGCCAAAUCAUCCACUAAAAUAUUUAACAACAUGGCUUUCAUCAAAGAAACACAAGGUUGUUCUAGAUCUUGGAUGUGGUGAAGCAAAACUUGCCGAAGCUCUUACCGAUAAGCAUGAGGUCCAUUCUUUUGAUUUAGUGGCUGUAAAUGAUCGAGUAACUGCGUGUGAUAUGGCCAAGUUGCCGGUGGAGGACGAAUUUGCUGAUGUUGCCGUAUUUUGCCUAUCAUUGAUGGGCACAAAUUUGGUGGAUUACUUGAGAGAAGCGUGGAGAUGCUUAAAAAUUGGGGGAACUUUGAAGAUAGCUGAGGUUUCUUCACGGUUUCACAACGUGAAUCUCUUUUGCAAAGCUGUCUGCAAGUUGGGAUUUGAAAACACCGAAAAGAAGCGAUUGACAGACUACUUUUCACUCUUCGAGUUCCGUAAGAUUGAGAAGGUCGAGAACAAGAAGCCGUUUGGAAUCAAGCUCAAGCCAUGUUUGUACAAAAAGCGU